UGGCUCUGCUGACCCGGUCCCAUAACUCAUGUCUGGGGGGAUUCCUGGGCUGAGCCCCAGAAACAACUUGCCUGGCAGUCCUCACUGGAGAAGCGACCCUGCCAUCCUGCCAGCAGGAACUGAGGCUGGGAGGGGAGCAAGGUUCCUCGGGGUGCCUGCUGCUGGACUCAGCCUCGUGUGGCCACACCCUGUGUGGACAGCACGUCACUUCAGUGGCCGCUCUGGAGUUUCCGUGGGGCAGACUGUCUAAGGCUACAGUGUCGGGGGGACCUACUUCUUCACUUGGAUGGGCUGCUUGCUGAGGGGACUGCUGAGAAUUGUGAGGGGGAGUACAGUCACCCUGGAGGGCAAGCGCCCCUGGGUUCCUGCCACCUCUGCUGUUCUUAAGGCUCCUUGCGGAGCCUCUUGCUCCCCCAGACUCAGACUGGCAACCCCAGAUUGCUCGGGGCUCAGGCCCCAGAUCUCCUCUUCGAGUACAUCCAGAGUAUAUUCAGAGCGAGGCCAGCAUUCUGCCUUUAAAUACCACCAACAUGUUGAUGACCCCACAUUUGGAUCUCCCAUGGACCUCUCUCCUCGACCAGACCCUUGUAUACCUGUUUCCCUCCCCUCCAACAGGGAAUAUCUCAGUAAAGACCAGAGGAGAAGGAGGGGGGUGUGCUCUCCUGCCCCCUCCUCCUCUCUGUCUGCAGAAGCCAUGGCCGAGGAGGGCUUCCCCUCCGGACCUGAGGGGUGCCUUACCCUUGGCUCUUGGCAUGAUGCUCUGGCCAGCUCUUCUCUUCUUUGGAGAGAGGCCUACGGCCACACCCAGUGGUCACUGUGGAUUGCCUCUGGGACCAUCUGUCACAAAACUGUAGGGCAGCUGCCUUGGGGUGGGCCCUCGGCUGGACACUGGCCUCUACCCAUCUGCCCCAGGAAGUGCCUCCGAUGAAGCACCUCUGAUGCAUACAUCCUCCUCCAGAGAAAGUGUUGGCUUUGCAACCAGCUCGGGAGGAGCAGAAAGAGCAGGAGUGGGUGUGGUCAACAGGACGAAAGGAGCCCCAAGGUGCUCUGGGAGGAGCCAGGAAGGCUUGGGCCAGGAGCUUCAUGCCUGUUCUCCAGGAAGUGGCCAAAGGGAAACGGUGUGGGUGCCCUAUGUCGGCGCGAGUGCCAGGCAGGUGGAGCACGUGUUGUCGUUGCUGCGAGGCCGUCCUGGGAAGACUGUGGACCUGGGCUCUGGGGACGGCAGGAUUGUGCUGGCUGCCCACAGGUGCGGCCUCCGCCCCGCUGUGGGCUACGAGCUGAACCCCUGGCUGGUGGGACUGGCGCGGCUGCGUGCCUGGAGGGCAGGCUGUGUUGGCAGUGUCCGCUUCCACCGUGAGGACCUCUGGAAGCUCCCAUUGCUGGAGGACAAGCUGCAGGCAGAGUUGCCUGCAGGAGCCCGCGUGGUGUCUGGGCGCUUCCCCCUCCCCACCUGGCAGCCUGUGGCUGUGGUAGGUGAGGGCCUGGACCGAGUCUGGGCCUAUGACAUCCACAGAGGUGGGCCAGCUGGGCAGGCUGUGCCAGGGCCCGGUUCUGCCUCCGUGCUUGGAACCCCCAAUUCUCAGACCGGCUGACUGCACGCAAUAAAGACUCUCUGCUCCACCCUGA